AUGCAGGAUUCCAAACCAGUAAAGACACCUCUUCCUCCUAGCUGCAGAAUGCCAACAGAUUCAACAGAGAACUUUGACAAUCCCGGUCUAUAUAGAAGAGUUCUUGGAGCUCUUCAAUAUGCCACCGUAACUCGACCCGACAUAGCCUAUUCUAUAAACAAAUUGUGCCAGUUUAUGCACAAACCCCUGGAAUUUCAUUGGAAAUGUGUAAAAAGAUUGCUACUAUACUUGAGUGGUACAAAAGACCAAGGAUUACUUUUUCAAAAAUCACCUAGUCUACCAAUAACUGGGUUUGCAGAUUCAGAUUGGGCAGCAGACAGAACAGAUAUGAGGUCUACAACAGGAUACUGUGUGUAUUUGGGAAAAAAUCUAGUCUCCUGGAUGGCUAAGAAGCAACACACUGUUUCCAGAUCAAGUACAGAAGCAGAAUUUAGGAGCCUAGCUGCCACAGUAUCUGAAAUUACAUGGAUUCAGCCCUUAUUAACAGAAUUGCAUGCAAAACACACCGAACCACCAUUAAUCUGGUGUGACAACUUAGGUGUUGUUCUCCUUACUACAAACCCAGUAGUUUCUAGUGUGCUAUGCCGGGCGUAG